AUGUCGUCUUGGAAGCGGAAGCGCGACGCAGAAGAUGUUAGAGAAAGUGGCGACGGUAGGGAUAAUGAAAAGAGCAAUACCGGAAACAGCUUCUUCGAUAUAUAUGGACCCGAAGCGAAAGCAGAACUCGAUUUCAAGAGCCCUGAAACAACAACAUUGAACUUACAAGAUGUUCAGGGACUUGUGACAUGGGUUCUUGCAGAAGAAGAAGGUUAUAUGCCAAAGCCCUCGUGGGUGUUUAUUAAGAAGAAGCCUCUCAUUCCAAAGGUUGUAAUGCUUUACCUUCCAGGGUUGGACGCAGCUUUAUACUUAUCACAGUCUAAAGCACUUGCUAGUUUGCAAUCGUGUUGUGGCAAUCCUAUAACACUUUUAGGUUUGAGCUCUGAAGUUGAUGACAUGAGGACUAUUGAUACAAUCCUUACUUGCAAGGUUAAAAAAAAGAAAACUGUACUUACGAGUUCAGUGGAACCACCACCUCCCCUUGUAUCUAGCCCAGAAGCAUGCAAUCUGUUCCCUGUUGCAUACUAUACUCUAAGUCCAAAGGAACUGGAACAAAAUGGAUACACUUUUGAACAAUUUGAUCAGCUUACCCCUACACUUGCUGCACCACCAGGAUCAUCUCACCAUGAAAUUGUGGCUCUUGAUUGCCAGAUGUGUAUUACAAAGGAGGGUUUGGAGUUAACAAGAGUGACACUGGUCGAUAUCCAAGGACAGGUUCUACUAGAUAAAUUAGUCAUGCCAACAAAUCCUAUCACUGAUUAUAACACAAGGUAUAGUGGAAUAACAGCUAUGAUGAUGGAAGGAGUUACAACGACUCUUGAAGAUAUCCAGCAAGAGUUCUUAAAGCUGGUUUUCAAAGAGACCAUAUUAGUCGGACACUCGUUGGAAAAUGACUUGUUUUCUUUGAAGAUCUCUCAUAAUCUGGUGAUUGACACUGCCGUACUAUACAAGCAUCCACAUGGUCCAUCUUAUAAAACUAAACGUCGAAUUCUAGCAGAAAAGUUUCUUGCUAGAGAGAUACAGCUGUCUGAAUCUGGAUAUGACAGCGUAGAGGAUGCAAAAGCAGCCAUGGAUUUGGCACUAUUGAAGAUAAAACAUGGACCUGAUUUUGGCUCCUCACAACCGGAAGUGAGAAGAAGAAACCUACUCGCCAUUUUGAGCGAGAGCGGGAAAUCUACUUGUAUGAUUGACAAUAUCAACAUUGUGAAGCGAUAUGCUUGUGAGUCAUCAUCAUCCAAUUCAAUUCCAGUUUCUUCUGACGACGAAGCACUUUCAAAGGCCAUGGAGGAGGUAAAGAACAAGCGGUCACAGUUCGUUUGGACACAGUUCUCAGAAUUGAAUACACAUUUCCAGAGCACGCAGAAACAAAAUUUCAGAAUAGCGGAGAUGAUCUCAUUGCUUACAUGUAACAACAACACGAGCCUCAAGGAAAAAAACAAUGUUUCACUUGAAACCAAGGAAAUCUUAAAGAAAAUGAACGAGAGAGUCCAAUCCCUUUACGACGCAUUACCGAACAAUGCGAUGUUUAUAGUUUGCACCGGACACGGAGACACAUCCUUUGUAGACAGAGUGAGGAAAAUGCUUAAAGAUGAGAAUGGCAUCGGGUUUGACCGUGAGAAAGUUGUCAAGUUUCUUGAUGAGCUUCAAGCACAAGCCGAAGUAGCUCUCUGUUUUGUUGGUAUCAAAGCAGUCGAUCUAGUGGAUCAAAGCUGUUCUAGAAAUCGCUAA